AUGGGAAACUCACCUACUGAAACGCCAACUUGCGUGAGAUGUAAAGGGCAACUGGUCAUGGGCCAUGCAUAUGAAUUGGGAGGUGACAGAUGGCACACGCAUUGUUUUUCAUGCUACAAGUGCGAAAAACCUCUGAGCUGUGAUUCCAACUUUCUGGUGUUGGGCACAGGGGCGUUGAUAUGUUAUACGUGCUCAGAUUCGUGCAAGAGCUGUGGCAAAAAAAUCGAUGAUUUGGCCAUCAUCCUCGCGUCGUCGAAUGAGGCGUACUGCUCCGAAUGCUUCAAAUGUUGCAAAUGUGAAUGUAAGAUUGACGAUCUGCGUUAUGCUAAAACGAAACGCGGGCUGUUCUGUAUAGGAUGUCAUGAACGGCUUUUGGAGAAGCGUAAGAACUACGAAGAGCGCAAACGACGGCUAAAAAAGCAACUGCCUUUGAUACCCCCAAGUGAUAGUAACCCAGAUCUGAGCAGUUCUAUCACGAAUCCAGAUGUGGUGGUUCCAGAGCGCUCUACUCAAAGACCCUUGUCUCCUAUUAAGGACAAUCUUCGGUACUCAGCAUUCUCGAGAGAGGAUACGUCGCUCAAUUCUUCUCCCAACAUCGUAGACCGCCCCGUUUCCAGUGCAUCUUCAAUUACCGUGCCACUGGACUUUUCUGCAGCUACGUCUGCGAGCGGUGAACCUUUAAUAACAGCUGAGAAACACGAUGCGUCUGAAUUUGCUACCAACAACAGCACCAUUCGCAGUAAUUCCGAGAGUGUAGUAGCCCAGUUCUUACUUGACGGUGAUUAUAUGAGCACUGCUGAUGAAGAAUCCGUUAAGCCUGAAAGUGGAGAGACAUCAAUUGAGCCCGAGCAGGUGGCGGAGACCACAACAUAUGCCACGCCUCGCAAGACCCACAAGAGUCAGUUGUCAAUUGAUGACAUGUUGCAAACUACCCUGGAAAAUGAUGAAUACCAGGACGAAGACACUGAGGGAAGCAUUAACCAAUUUUUGGAAUUGCCUAAAGAACAAAAGAAAGUUCUUCUCAAUAGAACUCCUUUGAGGAACUCUAACGAGGACGUUGUUAACAGGUCACCUGUUGCGUACCGACAAGGUCUAGUGCUGGACGAAGAAGAUGUAAUGAAUACGUUGAACUCACCUGUGAAGGUAGAACCUAAGGAUGAACCAAAAAGCCCAGGUCUGGGGAUAUUGGCGAGAUCAAAUAGUCGAACUCCAAGCACUGAAGACGAGCCUAUUGGAGUAUGUUACGAUAGCAUGCCAUCAAAAAGUGAUGAGCCCCCAACAUCUGAGAUGCCGCAAUCGCCGCCUAUUUUCGGUCACCAUAAAAGAUCUUCCAGUGGCAACGCUAAAAAGCUUGGUAGGUCGCUCUCUUUAAGAUCAAAAAGCAUAAUGAUGAACCUAAGGCCUAAAUCAAAGGAUACAAGAAGCAAUGGACAACCUUUCAAGAGUCAAGACCACGAUACUCAUUCCGGAUGGGGAGUGGCUUCUCAUGCCGCCACAAAGUCGCCCUCUUCAACCGAACGCGCUACGCCGAAGCAUUCAAGUGACAGCACAAUCUAUCCUCAUGCCCGUGGGGGUAGUAGUGAUUUGACGCAACACAUUCGGUCUAAUAGUGGUACUGCAGGUGUGUCAGUUUAUCGCACUCCCCCGCUAGAUACACAAUCAUCAUUUAUUAAGAGUGCAACAUCGCAAACUAAUAGUCCGGCUGUUGGUAAUACUCAGAUCGAGGAAAGAGAUGAGGAUAAUGAUGCCACCCCGACAAAUGAUGAUUUUCUAAGAAAAGAUCUCUUGCAAAUGGAGCUUUCUUUACGCCGCUUGAAACUCGAAGUCAAUCAACUAAACUCUCAAAAAUCUAAAUUAGUACAUGAUGUCGAUUCAUUAAAAUCCACAAAAGAAUCUUUACAAGGCGAGAUUCGAUCUUUAAGAAGCGAAAGAGGUAGCGUUCCUAGCGGAUUGGAAUCUAGCGAAUAUUUGGAACACGAUAACUUUGAGGAAUCUGGGGAAAGUCAUGCGGCAACAGCAAAUGUUGUCACUACGGCAAAGCCUAAAUUCUGGAAGUUGUUUUCAGGCAAACCCAAUCCAGGGUACACCAAUGGGCAAAAUAAGCUUGACAUUUCCCCUCCCGUGUUACAGAAUCCCAACGAGUUUGAGGACAUGAAGAUGCUACCGGUAAAAAGUGAAUCUAGAGCACUGUCAGCAUCGCCUCCGGCUAAGAAAGAUGGAGCCUCGUUAUAUGGGUCAACUUUGAUAUCUCGUUGUGUUUUCGAGCAAAGCGAAAUACCAAUGAUAAUGAACACUUGCAUUAGACACAUUGAGUCCAAGGAGGCGUUUUUGAAGAGCGAUGGGUUAUACAGAAAGUCCGGAAGCCAGGUUCUCAUUGAACAAAUUGAGUCUGAGUUUGCGCGUUGGCAGCCUAACAAACCUAUUUCAGAUCAGCUUGAGAAGCAAUUAAACCAAGACAUUCAUGCCGUAUCUGGCGUACUCAAGAGAUAUCUGAGAAAACUUCCGAACCCGGUCUUUACCUUUCAAGUAUAUGAGCCCCUCAUGGAAUUUGUUCGUGAAAACAAUUUGAUAAACGCUCUACCGCUCAAGGCGAGUUCUAACACGGAAUUCGAGGAUUUACUUCAAAACGCUGUUGAACAGUUGUGCGGCAUACUGCAACAGUUGCCACAGCAGCACUACAGUUUGCUUAAAGUCUUGGUUCAACACAUUGACGUUGUCGCUCGAUACAGCGAUUAUAAUCUUAUGAACCUGCAUAAUCUCUCACUAGUAUUUGCGCCAGGUAUUAUUCGAGACUAUAGUGGCGAAAAAGACAUCACGGACAUGAGGGAACGAAACUAUUUGGUGUCAUUCGUACUGGCCAACUAUCGCCAGCUCUUCAGGUAA